UGGGGGGAGUGCACAGUGUAGCCAAGCGGCAAUGCGACUCUUUCCUUGGCGGGGGAGAAUGGGGUCCGCGCGGCAAGGCGCGCGAGGAGUGGAGGGAAGCAGUCACCGACAUCCCCUUUCGGGAAGGCUCACAGGCUGCCGUCGCUGCUCACUCGGCUUCUCCGGACACGGGACGCGGACCUGUUGCUCUCCUUGCUGGAUCGCUGAGGCCAGCGCGCGCUCGCUGUCAGGAGGGGGCCCGCGGCGCACGAGUCGUACGCAGCUCAGAGAGGACACAGGAGACACCGCUUGCUGAGAACCAGGCACUGACGCGCCAGCGGCAUGGAUGACGAGCAGUUCCGCGAGGCUGGCCAUCAGCUGCUGGAGUUUGCGCUAUCUUACUUCAACGGUCUGAGGAACCGGCCCGUGCUGCCCGACGUUGCACCCGGCUACCUGGCUGCCCUGGUGCCAUCAGAGGCACCCCAGGAGCCCGAGAAGUGGGAGGACAUCUUCAAGGACAUCGAAAGGGUAAUCCUGCCCGGGAUGACCCACUGGCACUCACCACAUUUCCAUGCCUACUUCCCCACAGGCCAAAGCCCGCCUUCGCUUCUUGCGGACAUGCUCAGCUCCACGUUCGCUAUAGUCGGAUUUACAUGGAUUGCGAGCCCAGCAAACACCGAACUGGAAAUGAUGGUCAUGGAUUGGCUGGGAAAGGCUAUCGAUCUUCCGAGUGACUUCCUCUUCUCCACGCCUGGUAUCAACGGUGGCGGCGUCAUACAAAGCACAGCCAGCGAGUGCACCCUGACGGCGGUCCUCGCCGCAAAGACCAAGGUCACCACUCUCCUGCUGCAUCAGAACCCGUCGCUGAAGCCCUCCCAAGUGUGGGACAAACUCGUCGUUUACGCCUCCUGUCAGGCCCACUCGUCGGUGGAGAGGGCCGCCUUGUUGGCCAGCGUGCGCUUCCAUGUGCUCAACACGGACGACCAACUGGCAGUGCGGGGACCAACGCUGCGCGCCGUCAUCCAAGAGGACCGCCGCCUGGGCUUCAUUCCAAUGGUGAUGGUCGCUACCUUGGGGACAACCAACUCCUGUGCGUUCGACAACCUCGAAGAGAUAGGAGUUGUCUGUGACGAAGAAAGCCUGUGGCUUCAUGUGGACGCUGCAUACGCCGGGUCCUCGUUUAUAUGCCCAGAAUAUCGACACUACAUGAAAGGAAUCGAGCACGUGUCGUCGUUCAGUAUGAACCCGCACAAGUGGCUCCUGGUUAACGUCGACUGCUCCGCAAUGUGGUUCAGAAAAAGAACUGACAUCGAAGAAGCGUUCAAGGUGAACCCGCUGUAUCUGAAGCAUGACAACGAGGGCGGCAAAGUUCCCGAUUACAGGCACUGGACAAUACCUCUGGGCAGGCGAUUCCGCUCCCUAAAGCUGUGGUUUGUGUUUAGAUGCUACGGGAUCAACGGCCUGCAGGCACACAUCCGACGACAAAUUGACCUCGCUAGAGAAUUCGAGAAGCUGGUGAACGAGCACGAGCACUUUGAAGUUGUGGUUCCAGUCACAAUGGCCUUAGUAUGCUUCAGAUAUAAGGGUUCCAAUGCUGACAAUGAAGAUUUGCUGCAUAUACUUCACAAGCGCAGGACUAUUUAUCUGACCCCAACAAAGCUCAGAGGUGUCUUUGUUCUCAGAUUUGCAAUCUGCAGUCGCUUGACUGAAAAUGAAGAUGUUCACUAUGCAUGGCAUGAGGUAUGUGCUGCGCUACAGACACUAGAGCAACAACAAAGAGGAAUGUCAAAACACGAAGAGGUAAAGUUCAGCACACCCUACGGAUAUGUAAAGAGGAUGCCUCUUCAGGGAGAAGCUGACCAAAACAGGGGAGCUAAUAGAGCAUGUGCCAACAGACUGCUUGAAAAAUACAACCAAAUUAAAGACUGGCUAUUUCGCAACUAGCACGUCGACACUGUCAGCUGGCUGCUAUUGGAAAGAUACAUGGCCUUCAACACUUUUAAUGAAACUUCACUCCCUCAUCGAAGCCUUCAGAAGAUGCUGAAACAUUGCUUUUCUGCAAUAAACUUAUUUUCAUGGCUGUAUACAAUAGACAGAGAAAAAAAUCAAGAAAAAAGUGGUCAAGCCAAUAGUAAUCUCAAGUAAUUAUGAAAAAUAAAGAUUACUUGAAAUCCACAA